AUGAAGCUCUCGAGCGCUCUCGCAUUCCUCCUCCCUGUUGUCGCCCUGGCCAACCCCCUCCCUGCGUCAGAUGCCAUCGCAGAUGGCGAGAACGCUGGGCUGGUUUCUCGCUCGAAGCAAGUCUGCAAGAUUGUUAAUGCUUCUGUUGUGAAUUGCCGCUAUGACCCCUGGGUCCCGAAUAAUGCUCUGGACAGAAUAAGGACGACCUUCAAGAAAGGUACUGGACAUGACUUUACCUGCUACACCGAGGGAGAGUGCAUCAAUGGUAACUGCACGUGGGACUGGGCUGUUAACUGGGGCUGCUAUGUUCCAGGAGCCUACACUGACGCGAAUUGCUCCAAGGCUAAACUCGGCCACUGCUAAAAUUAGAAAGAGCAUGUGAGAGGGAGAGACAGAAGGGAAGGAAGAGAAGGUAGCGGCUUACUUCCUCUGGCCAGAACUGCAUCUCUUCGGGGAUGCUUAGUGCAUUUCCAGGUGGAAUGGUUGCUCUCAUUACAGAACAUGCAACGCUUAGGCGAUUCCUGAGUAACAUGGAGUUUUUUAUGUGGGCAUCUGUAUGUUUGCUAGUCGUAUACCAUCCAAGCGGAUGGUGUAGAGCUGGCGGACGAUCCCACUCAUGUUAUGGGAGAAAGAGAUAGAUAAUACAUAUGAACGUGAAAUUGAGGCAUCAAGAUCCUAGCCUCGUCGAGAGGUCUACGACGGGCCGGUAUUGUUCAUGGGUUCCGGAGUGAGGGUGUUGAUAGGAUCUAAAGUUACUAUUGAUUCAGCAAUAUGGAGGU